AUGAAAAUUUCAAUAAUAUUGUUAGUAGUUGUUUUGACUGUUUUUGCCUAUACUGCAUCUGCUGGAGCAGCAUACUUCGAAACCGCCGAUGCUCAUGGUAAAACUGGAUUUAUCAUCAAAUUAAUUGAUGAAGAAAACAUUAAACAUGCCAGAGGUUUGCUUGAAGGAACAAUUACUGUAAGACCACAUUUCUUGGGAAGAAUUAAAAAAACCAGAGCUGAUUAUAACCCAAGAUACAAUUUCCAUUUGGACUCAGAAACAAUUUCAUUUUUUGAAAUGGCAAUUGAAGUUUGCGAUGCCACCACAAUCUAUGUAGAAGAACAUUUAGAUGAAGCAUGUGGUGCUUUCUUACCUGGAUGUAUGUGGUGUCCAUGGUCCGGUAGAUUAGUUAAAGAAAUUAAACAUUAA